AUGGCCAUGGUCGAGAAGAUAGACCUGGCGCAAGCCAUGGCCCUGGGGUCCGACUGGCGCCAUCUUUGUCAUGUGAUGUUGUACGCGCCCAAUCCAGAGAAGCUCUUCGAUGGCCACAUUAAGCUUCGCUAUGCUGUGCUGAUGUGCAUGCGCUUUGAUGGGCGACUGGGCUUCCCUGGAGGUUUUGUGGAUGAUGACAGCCCCAACCUGGAGUACGGGCUAAACAGGGAACUGCUGAAGAAGCUGGGCGAUGGUGUGUCCACUUUCACCGUGGAGUCCAGCGACUACCGAAACUCCCUCGCCGAUACCAAAUCGAAAGUGGCAAUCCACUUCUAUGUCAAGUGUCUGUCACUAGAGCAGAUCCAGACCGUGGAAGCCAGGGCACCACUUUCCAAGGACUUUGGGCUAGAGAUCUUUGGCCUGGUGCGAGUGCCCCUGUAUAUCUUGCAAGAUGGUAUGGGAGGCCUGCCUACAUUCCUCGAGAAUUCCUUUAUUGGUACCAGCAGGCAGCAGCUACUGGACGCCCUCCAGGACUUGAGAAUUCUGACUCCUGAAAUUGUCUCAAACAUCAAGGCGCGAAUUGCUCGACACAAGCAGAAAUUAGCGUUUAGUGGGGCCUAA